AUGUCCCUGCGCGAUAUACAAAGGUCGAUGAAAAGGGAUCCGGAAGGACAUGGCAUAAGUGCACUAGGCUACGAUGGUGUGCUUCGUACUUUCGACGCCGAACGGAAUAUCCUUGAUGCAAUUGGCCUGAACCUAACCCAGAUCAGAGAGUAUUACGAUGGUCUACCAAUGCCUGAGAGAUUCCUUACCGCCGAUGGCCGUAAUGUGUCUCGUAGGGAUAUGUUCCACCCAGAUGCAGAGAACAUACCCAGGAAGCCUACAGAGGAGGAUAGAGCCAGAACUCGGGCACAUAACGAGGAGCUGAAAAGGCGCGGAGUCUCAUGCUGUGUUGCGAGCAAGUCAACAGAUGACGUUAAACCGAAUACUACAUAG